GCUUAUACAGCAAGCAGCAAACCAGCUCGUCAUGUUCGAGAACAACUAGCAGCAGAGACCGGCUUGGACAUGAGAGUUGUUCAGGUCUGGUUUCAAAAUAGACGUGCGAAAGAAAAGCGACUGAAGAAAGACGCUGGACGACGGUGGGGACAGAAUGGAAAUAUAAAAACUGACAGUGACAGCAAUUCACCUUCAGGAAGCGUGACCGGUCAAAGUCCUGUCUAUGAUUAUGGGUAA